CUCUCUCUCUCUCUCUCUCAUGUACAAAUUCGGCCCACUACCACUCAAAGCGCUUCUGUCGAAAACAAAAGGGGAAUUCCCAAGCCGACCAUGAUUCUCUUCAUUGUCUUCUCUCUCUUUCUCUCUCCUCACCACUCCGUCUCCGGCACCCAAAUCCUCUCCAAAUCCAAACUCGAGAAAUGCGAAAAGGUUUCCGACUCCGCCACCCUCAAUUGCUCCACCAAAAUCGUCCUCAACAUGGCCGUCCCCGGUGAAUCAAGUGGGGGAGAAGCCUCGAUAGUGGCGGAAAUAGUGGAGGUGGAGGAGAAUUCGAGCACCAACAUGCGAACGCCGCGGAUUCCGCCGGUGAUCACGGUUAACAAAACCGCCGCCUACGCGUUGUACCAGUUGACGUAUAUACGAGAUGUUGCGUAUAAACCUGAGGAGUUCUACAUUCAAACGCGCAAAUGCGAGCCAGAUGCUGGCGCAGAUGUUGUGCAGAAAUGCGAGAGGUUGCGAGACGAAGAUGGUCACAUUGUCGAGCACACUGAGCCAACCUGUUGUCCUUGUGGGGACCAGCGCAGGGUUCCAUCAUCGUGUGGAAACUUUUUUGACAAGAUGUUGAAGGGGAAGGCCAACACUGCACACUGUCUCCGAUUCCCAGGUGAUUGGUUCCAUGUUUUCGGUAUUGGACAGCGAUCAGUGGGAUUUAGCAUUCGGAUAGAGGUGAAGACAGAAUCUAAACUAACGGACGUGAUUGUGGACCCUGAGAAUAGAACAGUCACAUCCAAUGAUAAUUUUCUACGCGCAAAUCUUGUUGGAGAUUAUGUUGGAUACACAAGUAUUCCUUCAUUUGAGGAGCACUACCUUGUUAUUCCAAGGCAGGGUGGUCCAGGUCAACCACAAAAUUUGGGAAUGAACUUCUCUAUGUGGAUGCUGCUUGAGAGAGUUAGGUUUACCUUAGAUGGUCUUGAAUGUAACAAAAUGGGUGUGGGCUAUGAGGCUUUCAAUGGGCAGCCAGAUUUCUGCUCUUCACCAUUUUGGAGUUGCUUGCAUAAUCAGUUGUGGAACUUCUGGGAGGCAGAUAUGAAUCGAAUAAGUAGAAAUCAGUCUCCACUUUAUGUCAUUCAGGGCAGGUUUGAAAGGAUAAACCAGCAUCCAAAUCCAGGGAGUCAUUCUUUCUCAAUAGGAAUAAGUGAAGUUCUUAAUACAAACCUCUUGGUAGAACUAAGUGCUGAUGACAUAGAAUAUGUCUACCAAAGGAGCCCUGGAAAGAUUUUGAGCAUUACUGUGCAAACUUUUGAAGCCCUGACCCAAUUUGGGACUGCUACGAUCACAUCUAAAAAUAUUGGUGAAGUGGAAGCAUCAUAUAGCCUUACGUUUGAUUGCUCAACAGGUGUCAGCCAAAUGGAGGAACAGUUCUACAUAAUGAAGCCAAAAGAAGUUACAAAUCGAUCAUUCAAAUUGUACCUUACCACUGAUCAAGCUGCAAAAUAUAUGUGUGCAGCUAUACUAAAGGACUCUGGUUUUAGUGAAGUUGAUAGAGCUGAGUGCCAAUUCACUACUACAGCAACUAUUAUUGACAACGGAUCACAGAUUCCUUUUCAACCACCAAAGACCAGCAUAAAUGGCUUCUUUGAAUCCAUUGAGAGCUUGUGGAGAAACUUCUGGAAUGGUUUGGCGGACUUCAUCACGGGCAAAACUUGCAGGAAAAAAUGCUCUGGUUUUUUUGACUUCAGCUGCCACAUACAGUAUAUUUGUAUGAGUUGGAUAGUGAUGUUUGGUCUACUUUUGGCAAUAUUUCCAGCAGUGGUUGUUCUACUCUGGCUUUUACAUCAAAAGGGACUCUUUGAUCCUCUUUAUGACUGGUGGGAAGAUCAUGUUUGGGCUGAUGAACAAAGACAUGGUGACACGUGGAAGCAUGGAUUUGAUGCUGAAGUUUCUGGAAUACAUGUCAAGAAACACCACAAGCAGGAGGGAAGGCAUCAUAAACAUGAUACACAAAAGAAACGAAGAAGUGUACAUAAUGAGAACAGGCAUAACCAUUCAGAACGGGACACUGAUUAUCACUACUAUCUUCACCAUGUGCACAAGGACAAGCACAAACAUGGACGAACCAAGGGCACUAGUAUCAUGCAGCAGAUUUACCUCGAUAAAGGACAGGAUGGCCAUGUUGGCCACCGCAGGCGCAGAAAGGAAAGGGAAGCCAUAGAUGGGCUGUCUAAAGUUGCCAGAUACAGUGAUGAAAAUCCACAGGGUCAUCACAGGAACAAACAUGAACUUUUCGAAGAAAGACAUUCUAAGCUGAAUGCUAAACAGAGGGAAUAGUUGGAGUUGGACAGAUGUUACCGCUUGUUACAGACCUUUAGUCACUUGAAUAGUUUAAGUGAAAGCUCUUUUUCAUUCUGUAUUCUCUUUUCCCUCUUUUUCAAAUGUUUUACAAUUUUUGUUUUGGGUGUGUGCGUUGGGGGGUUGCGCCUAAUGUACAACUUCUCACAGAUGUAAUAUUCUAAUACUAAGCAUAUCACAAAAGGUGAUAAAAAAACAUUUACCCUUCUUAUAUUGAUGAUUGUGGUUCAACA